CUGCCGGUCCCGGCUCUUCCCGCGCCGCCGCCGCUCCCGGCUCCUUCCGCGCCGCCGCCGCCGCUCCGGCCCCGCCCCGCGGUAGCCGUCAGGGGAGGGCGGGCCGAGGCCGCCGUCAUGGCGGGGCUGGGGGCCAGCUAUCGUUGCUUGGUGAGCAAAUGUCUCCACACAGCAGUGAGGUCUCUGAAGAAAACUGGAACUGAGCACCAGUGGUUGCAGAGGCACUUCAAGGAUCCCUUUGUUAAGGCAGCAAAGCAGCAGCACUACCGUUGCCGAAGUGCCUUCAAAUUGCUGGAGAUGGAUGACAAGUUUCAUAUUCUUCGUCCAGGAUUUUCUGUUCUUGACUGUGGAGCUGCGCCUGGUGCUUGGAGCCAGGUUGCUGUAGAGAGGGUCAAUGCCUUGGGUGCUGAUCCUUCUGUCCCCACUGGUUUCAUCCUUGGGGUUGACCUCCUGCGGAUUUCUCCUCUGGAAGGAGCAGUCUUCCUGUCACAGGCUGACAUUACAGACCCAAACACGCUGAGGACAAUUCAGAGCCUGCUUCCUGCAGAGAAGGUGGAUGUUAUCUUGAGUGACAUGGCACCUAAUGCCACAGGCAUUAAAGAACUGGACCAUCAGAAGCUGAUCAGUCUAUGUUUAGGCCUUCUGAAUCUGUCCCAAAGUAUUUUAAAGCCAAGAGGAACAAUGCUCUGUAAAUUCUGGGAUGGACAUGAGUCCCAUCUGCUGGAAAACAGGCUGAAGGAGCAGUUCCAAACCGUGAGAACUAUAAAGCCUCAGGCCAGCCGGAAGGACUCUGCUGAAUCUUAUUAUCUGGCAAGACUGUACAAAGGAAGAUGAAAGCUGAGAACUGCAGGUUAUCAAACAGGUGAUCAGGCAUUGAUUGGAAAGUUGAACUUGGCAUAUGUUUGAAGAAAAAUACCAGGAAUACAACCCCUGACCUGAGCUGUUCCCUUGUUGAGAUGAACCUGGAAAAAUCUGCCACAUCUCUUAAGCACAUUGAGCAUUCCCAAUUAAAAAUAAACAGGGUGGUGUCCUACUGGGUUUAUCUGCAACUUAUACAAGCAGUGACAGCCAAUCUAGCUUCUCACCUGUGGAGAAAACAGUUGGGAAUGGAGAGGAGCAAUCUGAAAGGCCACCUCUGGGGCUGGAGUAAUGGAAAUGAAAAUAAAACAGUGAUUAUACGA